CGCUCGGGGCCAGCCGCCACCACCGCCACGAGAUGGUGACAGCCAGCACUACAAAAGUGGAUGUGGACGAAUUACACACACAUGGCGGACAUGCAGCAGACAGACAGACAGACACAGACAGGGCACUCAUGUAGCUGAUGCCAUGCUAAAACAACUGGGUCUCUUGUGCCACGAAAAUCUCUUUUCUGUCUGUCUGCUUGAGUGUGUUCCCCCCCACCAGCAGCACAGCACGCUUCACACGCAUGCCAUGCAUCGUGAACAGGAAAAAGAGAGCCGCCGCAUGUUCAAACACACACGAACGACACAGGCAGACAGUGAGGCCGCCAGUUCGUGUGUGUGGUGGGGUAGGUGGCGCUCGAAGAACCAGAUUAGGCACGGAGCCAGCUAUAUACACAAUUACAGAGUUACAGGCGACGAGAGAGAGAGGAUGGAAAACAAGAGAAAAACCCGAAGCCGCGCGCCCAGUGGGUGGGAUGAGCCGGGCAGCGACCCGUGGACGUACUCAUACACACUUUCAUGGCAAGCCAUCACUCAGACGGACAUGUCAGACAGCCACCAGCCAGCGACAUGGAAUGAUGGUCGUCUACCACCAUGCCAUGCUCAUGACUGAUGGCGACUUCACAAGUCCGUCGAGGUAGAGCACUCACUCACACCCGAUUAGAAAAAACACAACCAGUCCUUGCCCCUCCCCCCAUCGGUGUGUCGUGUGUCUUGUGAUGGGUUGGUCACUGGAUGGUGAUCUGCUUCUUGACGGGCUGGAUGGGCUCCUUCUGUGGGCAGGUCACCUUGAGGACGCCGUUGUCGUACUGGGCGGUGAUGGCGGCCUCGUUGGUGUUGGGCAGACGCAGGCAGCGGUGGAACUUGCCCACUUGACGCUCCUACAAUACACAAAAAGAGGGAGGUGCGGUGUGUACCCAUGCAAGGAUGGACCUGUGUGAUGUACCUGGUAGAGCCAGCCCUCGCCCUCCUUUUUGUCUUCCUUCUUGCUCUCGCCAGAAAUGCUCAGCAAACCGUCCUGGAAAUCCAACUGAAACACAUCACAACACAACACACACACACACACACAGGGUGAGGUGAGAGGCCAUGGAUGCCCCCUGCCCUCCCUCCCCCUCCCUCUCUCCCUCUGUCGAUCCAAAUGCCCACGUGAGUACCUUGAUGUCUUGCUUGGUCAUGCCGGGCAGCUCAGCGGCCACGAUGACGUUGUUGCUGUCGUCGUGGGAUAUGUCCAUCCGCGGCGCCCAGGUGAGCAGCGACGAGAUGCUGCUGGGCGGCCGCUCCUCGCUCACGUGCUGCGCUAUCUGCCCGGUGGCGCCCUCCUGCUCGGCCGGUGUGGUGUCGGUGAGCAUGACGCCGACGCCGGCGGGGCGUCCGCUGAGGCGGCCGACGUCGUUGAAGAGGGAGUCCAUUUGGCGCUGCAUCUGGCGCAGUUCACGGCCCAGCGAACGGAAAUCGGCACCUACAGCCAUCAACACACACGCAGAGAGAGAGAGGGCACGGCACACAGCAGAGAGGUGAGCAGGCAGACAGACGAGGUGAUGUGCCCUGCAUGUGUGUGUGCGUUACCGAAUGGGUCGUAGCGGAACAUCUUGGCUACUCGGGGCAGUGGUGAGAACUUCAGCUCGACAGGGGCACAGGGGCAAACCGACGGAGAGACGACUUGGCAGGCAGAUCGAAGACGGAUGGAUGAAAGAAUGGAUGAACAGAUCAGCGCGUCCACAGGUGGCAGGAUGGCUUGGGUAGGACGGCUUUUGCAGGACGGCUUGGGGCAGGCCGGCGGGACGAAACCCUGAAACCCGAACCCUGAACAUCUGCGAGCUUAGCUGAAAACCGUCGAGCAUCUCUUUCCACACCCCGAGCCGCCGCCAGGGGAGCCGUUCGCACAGCCGCCGCUUGACCGAUCCACAAACGACAGAGGAGCAGCUCGAGGCGGGCCCUGAACCCUGAGCAUCUCCAGGGCGUCCCACAUCUUUCUAUAAGCAACUCAAAUUCAAGCUCGCUACCCACCACCCACAGACCACCGGCGUCUUUUCGUGUUAGACGCUGCGGGAAAUUCCCG